AUGUUUAACCCAGCCCUCAACCAGGGUUAUGUUCCUUGCUCUCCUUACAAAUGCUUGUUGACAUUGUAUGCUGAGUUGAUCUCAGGAACGCGAAGGUUUCGCAAGUUGUAUACCGCAGUCCAAAACAACGAGAGGUGUCCACCAGUGGACUUGCGAUAUCUGACCAAGCCACGAUUGCGCAUGGGUGGCUCUGAUGUGCGAGCUGAUGUCUCCAGCUUUUUGUGGAACCUCUACAACAGCUGUGCUGAAACGUUGCCAGACGUUCGUGACGACACUGCAGAGUCGGGAGAGUUGGAGUUGGUUUUGAACGUGCGAGCUGGUAGUGAUGGCGCGGAAGAAGACCCGUACGCAAAAGCGAUGGCUGAUGCGCAGAAUGGUAAAAGCCACGCAAACGAGCGAAAGGUGUGGAGCUUCUGCCAAAGAACCUCAGCUGCUGGUGGUCCAGAGGACCGCUACUUACCACCUGGCCGAAUGAAGGACCAAUUUGAACAGUACAGGCUGGCAUCUCACUUGCAGGCACCUGCUUCAUUCCCAUCGUUCUGGCGCGUGUGGCAGAGCGAGUUCCCGUUUUUAAAGUACCGCCCGGAGACUUUGCACCACGAAUGCACCACAUGCAUAAGGCAUCGUGCGCUGGUCAAAAUGUUGAGUGGCCACUUGCUGGCCCAGGCCGCCCAACAGCGGCUUUACGCAUUGCAUUUGAGGGCGCAAUACUUGGACCGAACCCAGUACUGGGCCGACAGAGGUUUGAGCAGAGGUGGUGGCCAUACCAUCACAUGUAUUUGUGAUGGUAUGGAUCAAUCAAAAUAUGCAAUUCCAAGAUGUGCAAUCACAAAAUCCAAGGAAUUCUCAACAUUCCAGCGUCCCCGACUUCAUUGCAGCUGCCUAAUAAUACACGGCUAUGAUGUUGUGUUCGCAGUAUCGGACAUGAACGUGGCGAAGGACAGCAACGCGUCAUUGGAAUUGAUAUCUUUUGGGUUGGAACUCCUCCAACAGAAGGGGAUCUGCUUGCGAACCGUGUGA